CAUAUUUCAGCGAUCAAUUUUUAAUUAACAGACAGAGUUAACAGACAGAGUUUUGAUUAUACGGAGUACUAAUGAUACUUUCCUCCCCCACUCCCCUCCCUCAAACUCAUUCUCCACUCUCUCACUACAAAACCAGCUGAUACCGAAUGUGUUGCCACUGAUAUGUUGAUUUCAAUAUUGCAUAGCUUAAAAUCAUUUAUAUAAACAGUCGACAGAAAUGGCGAAUGUUUCUACUACUUUAUCGUUUGCAGCGCUUCCUAAGCUGAUUUUCCUUGCUCCCAACCCAGGUUCCAGAGGAGUCCGACUUCCCCUCGCCAAGUUGCACGCCCACGCUAAGCGGAAUACUGUUCUCCAGCCUGGAACUUCGGCUUUGCGGCGAGAGGAGACCGUUGUAUUGGAGGAGAGCGACCGAGAGUUCACAAGGAAAGUGAGCGGUAUUGCUAAUGGGGGUUUGAACGGGUACACUACUGGUUUGACCGAGAAAUAUCCCAAUGGGAGACUCAGGACUGAGAAUCAAAGUUUAGUGAAGUACGUAAAUGGGAUUAGAGAGGAGGCGCUUGAAGUGAAUGCGACCGAGGUCUUUGAAAAGAAGAAGACUGUGGAGGAGAUUGGGCAAGAGGAGGCUUGGUUUAGAAGGAAAGGGAUGUAUCAAGCUCAGGUAUCAGUUGCUCCUGGUGGUCGGUGGAGCAGAUUUAAAACGUAUUCAACAAUUCAAAGGACACUGGAGAUAUGGAGAUUUAUUUUCACAUUUAUCUUCAAAGCUUGGCUAAACAAUCAGAAGUUCUCUUAUCGAGGAGGGAUGUCAGAAGAGAAGAAAGUCAACAGGAGGAAGAUUCUUGCAAAAUGGUUAAAGGAAAAUAUUUUGAGAUUAGGACCUACAUUUAUCAAGAUUGGCCAGCAGUUCUCCACUAGAGUGGAUAUUCUUGCUCAGGAAUACGUUGAUCAAUUGUCAGAACUUCAGGAUCAAGUCCCGCCAUUUCCAUCGGAUAAUGUUGUAUCAAUAGUUGAAGAAGAACUUGGAGCUCCAUUGGAUGAUAUAUUCGACAGAUUUGACCGUGAACCAAUAGCCGCUGCUAGCCUUGGCCAGGUGCAUCGCGCAACAUUGAAAGGACAUGAAGUUGUUGUUAAGGUGCAAAGGCCAGGACUUAAGGAUCUGUUUGAUAUUGACCUUAAAAACUUGAGGGUGAUAGCUGAAUAUCUUCAAAAGAUUGAUCCAAAGUCUGAUGGUGCAAAAAGGGACUGGGUCGCUAUCUAUGAUGAGUGUGCAAAUGUCUUGUAUCAGGAAAUUGAUUACUUAAAAGAAGCUGCCAAUGCUGAGCUAUUUGCAAAGAACUUUAAAAACAUGGACUAUGUGAAAGUACCAAUGAUAUAUUGGGAGUACACGACUCCUCAGGUCCUCACCAUGGAGUAUGUCCCAGGGAUUAAAAUAAAUAGGAUACACGCAUUAGAUGAGUUAGGAGUUGAUAGGAAGAGGCUGGGGAGAUAUGCUGUUGAAUCUUACCUGGAGCAGAUUCUUUCUCAUGGAUUUUUUCAUGCCGAUCCUCAUCCUGGAAAUAUUGCUGUUGAUGAUGUUAAUGGCGGAAGACUGAUCUUUUAUGAUUUUGGAAUGAUGGGAAGUAUUAGUUCAAAUAUCAGAGAAGGCUUACUGGAAGUAUUUUACGGGGUUUAUGAGAAGGAUCCAGAUAAGCUUCUGCAAGCAAUGAUUCAAAUGGGCGUUCUUGUUCCUACCGGAGACAUGACAGCUGUCAGAAGAACUGCACAGUUCUUCCUUAAUAGUUUUGAAGAGCGCCUUGCUGCACAAAACAUGGAGAGGGAGUUGGGAAAAACAGAACAUGGAUUUAAAAAGCCUUUGAGCAAGGAAGAAAAGAUGGCAAAGAGGAAGCAACGCUUAGCUGCAAUUGGCGAAGAUUUGUUAUCCAUUGCAGCAGAUCAGCCGUUCCGCUUUCCUGCCACUUUUACUUUUGUUGUUAGAGCAUUUUCAGUGCUGGAUGGCAUUGGGAAGGGCCUCGAUCCACGGUUUGAUAUAUCUGAGAUUGCUAAGCCGUAUGCACUGGAAUUGCUCAGGUUUCGAGAAGCUGGAGUUGAACUUAUUAUAAAGGAUUUGAGGAUGAGAUGGGACAGACAAUCUCGUGCGUUUUUCAACUUAUUUAGGCAGGCUGAUAGGAUUGAGAAACUUGCUGAAGUUAUCCAGCGACUGGAACAAGGUGAUCUGAAACUUCGAGUUAGAGCAUUGGAGUCUGAAAGGGCUUUUCAACGUGUUGCUGCUGUUCAACAUACAGUCGGAAGUGCAGUCGCAGCUGGAAGCUUAAUUAACCUUGCUACAGUUUUGUAUCUUAAUUCUAUAAGAAUGCCUGCUAUGAUUGCAUAUGGCUUAUGUGCUCUUUUUGGCUUCCAAGUCCUCUUUGGACUUCUAAAAGUUAAUAGUUUAGAUCAGCGGGAACGGUUAAUCACUGGAACUGCUUGAGCAUACGAUUCAGAUCAAUCACUGAAUUAUUGACUAUUCUUGGACGCAAUUAACCUUGCAACUGCCAGACAUGAUAAUUGAGAAAUACAGUGUUAACUUCCUUGUGAGAUGUUGAGGGCAUGUCAAAGCUUCAGAGUUGCCCCAGAAAGUAUACGGAGCUAUGGUACUAUGAUAAUAGGCUUUUAAAUCAUAUCCCUUCUGCCAAAAUCGAUCUGUUGUUGAAUUCUGAGCCAUAUAUGAAGAUGUUAUUGUUUUAGUUGACCUGAGGUUAAAAAAAGUCAUGUUCAUCUUAGGGUACACCAUUGAACUAACCUUAUUAGUCCUAGUGUAUCUGUAGAUUUACGUGGAUGUAUAAUGUAUGUAUUAACAAGUGCCCCCACCCCACACUAUGUAUCAAUUGUUUCUGCCACUGAAUAUUAGCAGCGAGCAAGUUACUGUAUGCAGUAUGUGUUCAGAAAUUCUGUUAAUGCGUGGAUGUUGUCCUCCUUUCCUUAGGGCCUAUGAGUUUCUUUCCAGAAAAGUU